AGCUGGAGUGUGCUUGUUUCUAUGACAACUAAACACGCAUCAACCACAAAUACGUUAUUCUAAUCGCUUCUAUUCACACAAAAGAGGUAUUCAUCUGAAAAAUAAGAAGAAUGGAACGCCCAUCAACUGCAUCUUCUCGUCCUCGAACCUCCACCGGAAGAGCACCGUCGGCACGGGCUAGACCUCCAUCUGCAAUGAGAGCUCCUCCACCACAACCAACAUACGAAAAUCGUCCAACGACUGGAAUGUCAAUGAGAAACGGAGGGCCUCCUGUUCCUCCAUCACGAAGUGGUAUGAUUCCAGUACCUCCGUCUAGAUCUGGUGGACCUCCUGCACCGAUGCCUGUGUCAAGAGCUGGGGGACCUCCAAGAGCACCUACUUCUAUGGGUGGACGCCCAAUGACUGGAAUGGCAAGACCUCCAACAGCCGGAUUGAGACCAGUUACUCAACAAGGAUUACGAGCUCCUCCGUCAAGAAUGGGAACUGGAAACUCCCGUCAAGUAUUUGACAAAUCAUACUACAUCGGAGUUCUUCGAGCGAAACAAAACGCUAUAAAAGUUGAAAUAUCUCGUAUGAAAGAGAAACGAGAUAAAGGAAUAAAAGAUCGAAAUGAGCUACAUGCAUAUGAAUCAAGAGCAUCUGCUCAAGCACAAGAGAUUAGUGAUUUGCAAGGAAAAUUAUUGGAUUUGAAUAAAAUAAUGGAAAAAAUUCAUUUGAAUGGCGAUAUGUCGGAUAUUGAGUUAGAAGCAAGCAAAAUGAAGGAACAAGCUGAUGAGAUGAGAUCAUUAGCUGAAGAAGUAUUUAAUGAACGUCGUGCAAAAGAAGAGGAACUUCAAGGAUUGGAAAUAGAAGUUGAAGAACAAAAAAAGUUAAAUGAAGCAGUAACACAUGCAAUGGAUCCUCAAAUGAAAGAAAAAUAUGAAGAUUUAAAGUCUGAAGCGAAGCUUUUAAGAGAAAGAGUUGUAGAAAUGGAAGCGAAAAAUGAAGAUUUAGAUGAUAGAAUUUCAAAAUAUGAAAUUGAAAUUCGAAGUAAUCCACUGAAAAAGAAGGCAAUCCAACUACAAGAAACAUUGGAUACACUCAAAAAACAAGAGGAAAAACUAAUGGAAGAUAUGCAAAGUGCACUAACACCAGAAGCAUGGAGAGAUAAAAUGUCAGAAAAUAUGAAACAAUUGAACGCAGAUUUGGUUGUGAUUGAGAAACAACACAAAACUGUUAAAGAUCAAAUUUCAUUGGCUUCAGAAGAAUUACACGAGUAUGACUCACAAGGAGAAGCUCAAAUCAUGGCUCAUCACACAAAAUAUCUUGAUCUACUUUCGAAAAGCACAAUGCUUGACGAUACGACUGAAAAUUAUCCACAGCAAAUUGUCAUUUAUCAGCAAGACAUUGAAGAAUUCUCCGACGCAGUUGUACUGAUUUUGAGAAAAAUAUCUGCCAAUUUGAAGAAAGUGAAUCUAGAAGAUCAGAUAACUGAUUUAGAUGAACGAGGUCUCACUUUACAGACCGGAAAUGUGGAUGAACUUAAAGAAAUGCAUGUUCGACUUCAAGAAGAGCUUAUAUCAAUUGAGGAUAUGGAAUUGGCGUUAAAUGAAGAAAUUGAUAAUUUGGAAACUGAGGAGAAAAAAAUAGAUCAGGAAUUGGCGGGAGUCGGGAAGAAUGUAGAUUCAGAUGGGCUCCGACAAGAGCUUGAAGAACGUCAAAAAAGGCUUGAAGAUGAAGCUCCAGCUCGUUCACAUGAAAUGCAACAGUUAGAAGCAAAUGUAGCAAGUAUAAGAAAUGAACUUCAUUCAAUUCCAGGAUACUCUCAACACAAAAUGCUUCGCGAACGACUGGAAGCUGUUGAGAAACGUACUGCUGCAAAAUCACUUGACAUGAGCUUGAGGAAGACUGAAAUUGACUACGAAGAUAUUAAAACAGAGAGCAUUCGACUUCAGGAAGAAUACAAUAACAUGCUUUUGACCAAUCCAUUUCAAAGAUUCACCUGAUUUAUUAAUUUUUCACUAAAUUUAUUUAUUAAAUUUACAUUGAAUAUGCUGAACUGUUCCUGAAACAGCAAAAAAAUUAUUGGAAAAUACUAAUUAAAAAAUUGAAAAAUCUUUGCCUACAGUAGCUUUAAGGAACACGACAAACUUUAUCUGAACAUGUCUCGUCACGACUACCGUACCUUGAAAUUUUCCCGCCCGAUUUUCGCAAUUUUCUUGCUGAUGAAUUUCUUUGUUUCUUUCCUGAUUUUCUCGAUUUUUAAUCGUGUUUUUGUUUUUAGAAUUUUUGGAAAUUUGAGGAGAAGAUAUAUAUCAAGUAUGAAGCACCCUUUCCGCAAGGUCGCCGUAGUUCCUUUUUUGUUUCCGUCGUUUUACCCUUUUCGGCGAUCUUUUUGAUUGAUAACGUUUAAGUAAGGCUAGUUUUAAAUUGAGUUUUCUCAAUUUUUCUUCAAUUAUAACAUUUCCAUCAUUUUUGCAGUCAAAUAAUAUUGUAAUUCUAUUUAAAAUAUCGUUUGAUUAUAUUUUGAGAACCUUUAUUGAUUGACUGUUAAAUAUAACGAAUAUAUUCAACAGCUUAAACAAACAAAUAAAAUAAGUUCUA